AUGACUGUGUCUGAGAUGUCGUGGCGCUCGUCUUUCCGAUGCUCCAAGUUUCGUCACAUUUUCGGGAAGCCGUCCAAUAAGGAGCACAGCUACGACGGGGUGCCAAUCACGCGCAGCGUCCACGACAACCACUACUGCUCGGCCAAUCCCCGAUUCAUCGCCGUGGUGACGGAGUGCGAAGGGGGCGGAGCCUUCCUGGUGCUGCCCCUCCAUCACAUGGGCCGGGUGGACCCCCAGCACCCGAGGGUUUGCGGCCACAGAGGACGGGUUCUGGACGUGAAGUGGAACCCGUUCAACGAUCACUGCGUCGCCUCGUGUUCGGAGGACGGCACCGUGAAGAUCUGGGACGUCCCGGUGUGUGGAGUCCAGCAGAACCUCACCACGGCCAGGAAGACACUGAUUGGUCACUCCAGAAGGGUGGGGCUUAUCGAGUGGCAUCCAACAGCGGAGAACCUGCUGCUAAGCUCCGCCUAUGACUACAAGGUCCUACUCUGGGAUGUUUCCCAGGCGGGGUCGGUCCUCAGGUAUCCGGUCCGGGUGGUUAUGACGCCGGUCCACCAUCGAUACCCGUCCGACGCUCUGCUGCUGUCGGUCAGCUUCAAUACCGACGGCAGCCGGCUGGCCGUCACGUCCAAAGACAGACGGGUUCGAAUCCUGGACCCUCGAACGGGGAGGAUCCUACAGGUGUCCCGGAGUAAUUCCCACAGAGCCAGUAAGGUGUUGUACAUCGGAGGGCUGAAGAUGCUGCUGUCCACCGGCAGCUCCAUCUGGAAUCACCGACAGAUUGUCCUCUGGGACCCUGACGACUUAUCUGAGCCGCUGUAUGAAGAAGACCUGGAUGGAUCAGCAGGAGUCCUCUUCCCGUUCUACGAUCCGGACACACACAUGCUCUACUUGGCCGGAAAGGGCGACGGAAACAUCCGGUACUACGAGCUGAGCAUGGAGAAACCGUUCAUCAGCUUCCUGACAGAGUACCGGUCUCUGCUGCCACAGAAAGGACUCGGUGUGAUGCCAAAGCGCGGACUGGACGUUAGUGCCUGCGAGGUUUUCCGAUUUUACCGCCUGAUCGCCAUCAAAGACCGGGUCGAACCGCUGUCCAUGAUCGUACCACGGAAAGAGUCGGGUAUUUUCCAAGAGGAUCUGUACCCAAUGACGGCGGGAAACGAGGCGGCCAUGACGGCUCAGGAGUGGCUGUCGGGGAUCAACAGAAGUCCAGUGCUGAUGUCCCUGAAGCCGAGGACUGGAGUGGCCAACCCUUACCCAGAAAGCCCUGCGGAGAAGAUGGAUCAAACCGAGAAAAACCUGGACUUUAUGGAAGAGGCCUUCCUGGAGGAGCAGUUGUCCUACCAGGACGCCAAGUACCCCCGACAGGUGAGCGAUCUGUCGGGUUGGCAGCAGGACGAGACGCUGUGGACGAACUGCUUCUCGCCGCACUGCCGCGAGCCCGCAGAGAGGCCGCCGCCAAAUACCGAGAACGAGCUCCUGCAAGCUUUCUACAGACAGCAGGAUGAGAUCAGAGGCCUGAGGGAGGAACUGCAAGAGAAGGACGUGAGGAUCUCUCAGCUGCAGCUGGACAUCAAAAACACCAGAAACAACCUGAGGGCGGCUUUCUGACAACACAACAAAUAAACAGACAUUUCAACUUGGUUAUUGUUAGCAGUCGCUUUGCACACUUCAACAUAAAUACCCAGCUAUCAGUAAACUCUAAAAGUAGUAAACACUAAUGAUUCUAUUAUAAUCUGCACUAAAAACCGUGGAUUAGAAUACUCCUCCCUCUGGUGGACAAACUAUGUAAUGACAGCUUUUUCUAAAAUAAAAUGCAUUUUACGAAGAAACCUGUGAAAUACAUUUCGUUAGUUCAGUUUAGAGACAAAACGCACAAGGAGACGCCAGGAGCAAAAUGUUAAGAUUUUAUUUACAAAGUCCUUUUUCUGUGUUUUUUUUUUGUUUGUUUUUCCUUUAACUUACAGAAAGUAAAAAAAAAAAAGAAAACACGUCAACUAGUCAGUGUAAGUGUGAAGGAGCUCUCGACAGAGGAAGAGGAGGAGUAAAGGGGGGAGAGAAGAAGAGACAGAGAGAGUGUCCCCAGGCAACCAUACAAAAAAUUAAACAAAAAAAAAAACAAUUUCUCUGAAAAAAUAUUUCUUUUAAAAAGCUCUGUUGGCAAAAAAGAGAGAACACAGUUUGCCCUGAGCGA